UCAGUCAUUCAUAGUCAACCGAAGAAGUUAUUAGGAAAAUGAAGAUAACUGUGAAGUUCUCACUGCAUGUCGUAUCAGUCCUGCUCCUUCUGCCGCUGUCAGGCCAUUGCCAGGGGCAGAGCCAGUAUCCUCACAUCAUCAACGAGGGCUUCAGCAUCCUGAGUUAUGCCAACGCUAUGGACAUCAAUUCGGGGAUAAGCACUCUCUACAAUCAGUUGCGAAAUUAUGACAGAGAAUUCACUGAGAAUCUGUCUCUCAUGGACCUGUUCCGGCUUUAUGGAGAUCCUCAGACUCUUCUUACAAUAUGUGAUGGUCAUAUGGGGGUGAAGAUGGACGCGGAGCAGGCGAGAAGUGGGGGACAGGCGUAUUGUGCCCUCAUUCGGGAAUUUAUCACACAAAUUCGGAAUAUCCAAGCUCGGAUCGAAAAGAUUGGGGAUUAUUACAGAAGAUCUAUAGAGGAUUGGGAAGGGCAGAAUAGCGCGUGGAAACAAUCCGUUGAUGAGUUCUACAGAUCCGUCACGAGUGGCUGCGAGAAUGACAGGAACAGGUCGCGGUGCUUCUUCCAUCGCGUUGCAGGGAAUGAGUUCAAACAGUUUCUUCAAAAAAUACCAGCAUUUUCAACGAGAUCGAUCCACCAAGAGGUGUACCUUUCAUAUCUGAAAGUAAGUAUCGCUCUCCUAAAGUGUUACGCUGAGGAGAUAGUCCGGAUCAGACGAAAUAGUCCAUGGUCCAGUCAGCAGAUGGAGGUUGAAAAAUGGCAGGCAGAAUUUGCUGUGCGCGUUGCGAGUUUUGGAAGAAUGGCUAUUGAUGCUUUAAGAGUUGCACCGAGGGACAUAAUGCCGAGGGAUCCGUAUGAACACAUCGAAGGACGGACAUACAUCCGUUUGAAGUGGUUCAUCGAACAGAUAAUCGUCAACGAAGCGAACUUGCACAAAGACGCCUCGUGCUGGAACACAUGCAAUGAUUAUGACACAGCUGAGUUCAAGCCAUAUGGAGAUGUUCCCAUGGAAGAACAUGACGUGUGUCACGGGAUGAUCCACAAGUGCUACUUGCAAUCUCUGGGACCGCUGUGUUCUCCGGUGCCGCAUAUGAGCAGACGUUACGGGGGUAUCAAAGGGAUCACUCAAAUGCAGAAUCGAUCGAUCUGUAAUGAGUGGACCAAGAAAACCGACGACCUUUACUGGGUUCAAAGUUCAAUUUUUGAUAGGUGCGAUGUCUGUACCUGCCUCUGCGAUGAUUUCCGAGAUCCCUAUACUGUUAGAACGUUUAGUCUGAGACCUGUGACAUCGGAUAUCGAUUCCAAUAUGGUAAUAACUGGAGUGAGAUUCCAAGAAGCCGCCGGUGUCAUCCACAUUCAGAUUCAGGAGGCGAGACUUCUCAGACGGGGGGGCAUCGACGGCUUCACCCGACGGUGGGUGCCCGUGGAGGGUUUUAGCCCCCCUAAACCUGGCGAAAUUAGUGAUGAUUACUUCACAAUGCGUUAUUUAUUCGAAAGAAGUGUUAGUCUGAACACUGUGAGCACUGGCGAUCAGCAUGUUCGGGAACUGAUCAUGAAGAACAGUCCACGGAGGACGAAUUACUCUUGGGUGCUCACAGGCGUCAGGUUAACGAGGGGCAAAGCAAGUGCUCAACUGGUUAUUGGGAUUAGACUGACUGCUGCCGAUAUGACAUCGGGAAUGCUGGUUCAAGCUAAUGAUUGGGAUGGCUGGGUUUAUCCGGAACAUCAGGGCGGAACUUAUGAGGUGAACAUAGAAGAGCCAGAUAUCUCCAUUUACGGUCCCGAGUGGAAUGUGGAGGUCGAAGGUGACAGCCUAUACGUCAAAUUUCAGCCAACUGAUAAUAUAAAAGAUUUUGGACAGACUACGGUACCGUUUCUGGAUAGUCAGGAUGUCGUCGCGGAACCUCCAAUACCGCUGUCGGGCGUUGGAUUGUAUUACAAGGGACAGAAGGGGUAUGGUGGCUUCAUCGGACUUAAAUUGAUGUCUUUUGAUUUUACAGAACUUGUAGCUACUGAAGCGUCACGGUGGUCCACAAAAAAUUCUUCCCACUGAUUAUUUCUCAAUUGUACGUGUCAAAUAAAGAGAAAAUUUUUGAAAAUAA